AUGGACCGAAUCCAGCAAGGCUUACACAAACGAACAACAUUAGCGAAGAAACAGGUUCAGAGGAUCUCCAAAGACGAUGUGAAGAAAUUCAUGAAGAACAAUGGAUUUGUGCUGUUCACUGUGGUGGCUGUGGUUAUUGGUUAG